AUUUAAUCAACAUUUAUCUGUCGUUAACGCCGAUGUUUCCAAUAAUCGCGGCCGACUGAGUCAACGCCAGUCUGCCUGUUCCACCUUUAUACAUGCUGAGCUCCUCCACCGGAAUGAUCGCGAGGCCCAAGCUGCUGCUCCCUGGCCUCCAAUGUCCGCGACGGUGAAGAGCCCCGUCAAGGAUGGGCACCAUGCUGCGUCCGACAAGCAGCAGGUUGCCAGUCAAGGAGCAAAGAGCUACAAAGGCUUCGUAGCUGGAGUCUUUUCUGGCAUUGCCAAGUUAUCAGUUGGACAUCCCUUCGAUACUAUCAAGGUGCGCCUACAAACCACGGACAAGUCGCAGUUCAAAGGACCCUGGGAGUGUCUGAGCCAGACGGUCAGAAAUGAAGGCAUCAAGGGGUUAUACAAAGGUGCUACCCCGCCGCUGGUUGGAUGGAUGUUCAUGGACUCGCUGAUGCUGGGCUCCUUGAACGUAUACCGACGCCUAUUGAACGACAAUGUCUUCAAUCCGCGACGAACCUCCGCCGAAUCAAGCCAGGGACAUAAGCAUUUACCAACUAUAGGCCACGCAAUGGCGGGAGUGAUGGCAGGAGCCACAGUGAGCUUCAUUGCGGGUCCUGUCGAACAUAUCAAGGCACGAUUGCAGGUGCAAUAUCAAGUGGAGAAAUCAAAGAGACUGUAUACAGGUCCCAUCGACUGCGUCAAGAAAAUGUUUGGCGGAUAUGGCAUCAGAGGAAUUUACCAUGGCUUAGUGGCCACACUCAUCUUCCGGACGUUCUUCUUCUUCUGGUGGGGUAGCUACGAUAUUUUCACGCGAGCGUUGAAAGAGAACACUCACUUAUCAGCCCCGGCCAUCAACUUCUGGGCUGGUGGUGUCUCUGCUCAGAUAUUCUGGUUAACGUCAUACCCAUCGGACGUGGUCAAACAGCGCAUCAUGACAGACCCGCUUGGCCCCGAACGGAAGUUUCCGCGCUGGAGAGAUGCCGCUAAAGCUGUAUAUAGGGAAAACGGUUUGAGAGGUUACUGGAGGGGCUUCACACCUUGCUUUUUGAGAGCGUUUCCAGCGAAUGCGAUGGCUUUGGUAGCGUUCGAAGCCGUCAUGAGGGGACUGCCGGAGUGAAAACUGCCGGCUCUAUCUGUUAUCUGUAAGUAUAUACCCACAUAGAGCCUCGCGCGAUGAGCGAAGCACUGUAAUUUUAGGGCGAUUCCACUCAAACAUAUGCGUAUAAUACGAUACAUCACUCGCCAUUCUAAAAUGGACUACGGACGACGCCUGGGAGUAGACACAUCUCCGAACCAUCUUCUGCUCUUCCACCCAUCACCAUUCGUGUCCUUCCAUCGUGCACAGCAUCUAGCUAGUUCGACUAAUCCGCAGAGUGGUCUCAACCAGCUCGAUUCAGCAUACAAACG